CUCACAAGCUCGUCUCUUAACCAAAAAGAGGAACAAGGGGAUUCUCAGCGUCGGUUUCCAGUAAUCAUCAGAAUACACCCAUAAAGAUGGACAAACAGACUAUAUAAUAGGCCCUAAUCCCCAGCCACGUAUGUCAAUCUUGCAUUGGGUCUAGCAUCAUCAGCUUCGACCGACUCAAUUUAUCCGAGUUUACUCGAUUUUACACGAAUACUCCACCCCGAAAUCUCGUUAACCCACGAUGGCUUCGAAUGUCCUGUCUAUUCCGGAUGAGAUCCUAGCCUGGCACAUGCGGCUGCAGCAUUGGUUCCCGAAAGAAGAGGGGUACGAGGUCAGCAGCGUCUUGAGCAGCGACGGGCUCGGCGCCGCCUUUCACUCAAUCACGGUCCACCUACAGAUUCCCGAGAAGGACAUCGACCACAAGUUCCUGGCCCUCGUGCUGGGCGAGUGUGGUUGGGACGGCGACCAUAUGGACCAUGACGGUACGGUGCUGGACGAUCGGAUCAACUACCACUCUGACCACAUGCUCGCCACACUUCCCUAUGGCAGUCCCUUCGCUUGUGGGGUCGUUUGGCAUAACGCUAUCACCCUUCUCCGGUAUAAGCCGGAGAAGCAUAAGUACGCUCGGUGCACCGCUCACGGCCAGAAUAUUCUGGACGUGAAAUAUGAAGCCGGAACCAUAGACAGUUGGUUCCACCGGUUGAAGAAGAAAUGGAGGCCCGAGACCAUCCCGAAAGGAAGAAGCGGAUUCGACACCUCGCGACUUCGAUCCCACUCGUAUUCCCCAGAUUACUAUUAGGUAUGAGUAUCACGAAUAGCACGAUAGCGCAGGAUAUUUGCUGACGCAGUGACAAGUAAAUCCCCACCAGAGUCGAUGAUCUUGUCGCUCUACGUAGAGAAAGAAGUCGAUAAUUCGCAAUGAACAUAUUGUAUGUUGCUGUCUGGGUGUAUGAGCUUGUUUUGCAUUGGCUUGUCCA